AUGAGUUCUGGUGGUUUAGUAGCUGCAUUAUCGGGGUUAAAAUCAAAUUUUAUAUGGGUAGGAUGGAUCGGUACAGAAAUUGAUGAAGAGGAUAGACCAGUGGUUAAAGACUUGCUUUGGAAGAAUUAUAGCUGUAUACCAGUAUUUUUAGAAGAACGUGUUGCAAAUGAACAUUAUAAUGGGUUUUCAAAUGGAGUUUUGUGGCCAUUGUUUCACUAUUUACCAGGAGAUUUAGAUUAUGAUGACCAAAUUUGGAAUUCAUAUGUAGAGGCCAAUGAAAUUUUUUCAACUGUUGUCGCCGAUAUCUUAAAGCCCGAUGAUAUGGUUUGGGUACAUGAUUACCAUAUGAUGUUGUUCCCAGAGAUUCUAAAGCAAAAGAAACCUGAAGCUAGAAUUGGUUUCUUUCUUCAUAUUCCAUUUCCAUCAUCAGAAAUUUUCCGUGUCUUGCCAUGUCGUAAAGAAAUUCUCAUGGGUAUAUUAAAUUGUUGCUUAAUUGGUUUCCACACAUAUGAUUAUGCUCGUCACUUUUUAAAGGCAUGUACUAGAAUAGUUGGUUUAGAAACAGCGCCAAAUGGUGUAUACUUCAGAGAUCGUUUCGUACAGGUUGGUGUUUUCCCAGUCGGUAUUGAUCCAGAUAAAUUCUUUGAGUCCAUCAAAACCCCAAAGGUAGAGAGUCGCAUUCAAGAGUUAAAGAAAUCUUUCGAAGGAUCUAAGGUCUUAAUUGGUAUUGAUCGUUUAGAUUAUAUUAAAGGUAUACCACAGAAGCUUCAGGCUAUCGAGCGUUUGUUCCAAAAAUACCCAGAAUGGAAAGGUAAGUUGGUAUUAAUUCAAGUUGCAGUCCCAUCUAGACAGGAUGUAGAAGAAUAUCAAAAGUUAAAAAAAGAGGUAGAGGAGUUGGUUGGUAGAAUCAAUGGUCUUUAUGGUAGUCUUGGGUAUAGUCCAAUUCAUUAUCUUUUCCAGAGUGUUGACUCCACAGAGCUUACAGCCUUAUAUAAUAUUUCCGAUGCUGCUUUAAUUACUUCAAUUAGAGAUGGUAUGAAUUUAGUUGCUCAAGAGUAUAUUGUUUGUCAAACCGAUAAAAAAGGUGUUUUAAUUCUCAGUGAGUUUACAGGUGCUGCACAAUCAUUAUCAGGUGCUGUUAUGAUUAACCCAUGGAACACAGAGGAGGUUGCAGAUUCAAUUAAUAAUGCUCUUACAAUGUCAGAGGAAGAGCGCGAAGAAAAACAUCAAAUGCUUUUAAACUAUGUCACCAAGCAUACAGCAUCCCACUGGGGUUUAGGUUUUGUUAAAGAACUUUACAAAGCUAGCCACAAUGCAGAUAAAAUGGUCUCAAUUCCAAAGCUUAACAUUGAUGAGGUGGUCGAUAUCUAUAAAAAUAGUAAGCGUCGUUUAUUAAUUUUCGCUUAUGAUGGUACCCUCAUUCCAUACACAAACGUUCCACAGCUCAGCCGUCCAUCUCAAGAGCUUUUAGAAAGUUUUGAUAUCCUUUCAAAUGAUCCAAAGAAUGACCUUUACAUUUUAUCAGGUCGUGACAAGAAAACUCUUAGCGAGUGGUUUAAUGGUUUACACAUUGGUUUGUCAGCAGAGUAUGGAUGCUUCUUCAAAGAUCCAGAUAGUGAAGAGUGGGAGCAACAGGUACCAUCAAUGGACCUUAGCUGGAAAGAAACAAUUAGACCUUUGUUUAAAUAUUUCACCCUUCGUACACCAGGUUCUUUCUUUGAAGAAAAAGAAAUGCUUUUCACAUGGCAUUAUAGAAAUGCAGAUCCAGUAUUCGGUUGUAUUCAGGCCAGAGAAUUACACUUACAUUUAGACAAUUUACCCUUGGACGUUAUUGUUGGUGAUAAGACAUUGGGUGUAAGAUCAUAUAACAUUAAUCCAACAUCAUCUAUGAAAAAAGUCAUAACAGAUUCAAUACCAAAGAAUUUGGAUUUAGUAUUAUUAAUAGGAGAUACCCAUAUUCACCCAAGUGAGUUGCCACAGUUUGAAGGUAAAAUUUAUAAUAUUUCAGUUGGUAAAAAAAGUAAUAAAGAUAGUUAUCAUUUAAAUGAUCCAAGUGAAGUUAUAGAAUUGGUAAAUAGAUUAGAAAAAAUUUCAGAUUCAGUUGCUUAA